AUCGUGCGGCGCCGCGCCAAGGGCGCCGUGAGCCUGGAGCAGAUCCUGCCGGCCGAGGCCGAGGUGCGCGCCCGCUUGCGCGCCGGCCUCUACUCCGCCGUGGUGCUGUACGACGAGCGCAGCCCCGACGCCGACUGCCUGCGCGACGACGGCACCGUGUCCCUCGUGCUGCGGGCGCUGCGCCGCGACGCCGAGCGCGCCGACGUCUGCCUGCUCGCAGGAGGCUACGAGAGAUUUUAUUCCGAGCAUCCAGAAUUCUGUGUGAAAACAAAAUCCCUGAGUAGCAUUUCCCCACCAGCCAGCGCUGAGCCUUUGGACCUGGGAUGUGGCUCCUGUGCAACACCCCUGCAUGAUCAGGGUGGCCCUGUGGAAAUCCUCCCCUUCCUCUACCUUGGCAGCGCAUACCAUGCAGCCCGGCGGGACAUGCUGGACACGUUGGGGAUCACAGCCUUGCUGAAUGUUUCUUCGGACUGCCCCAAUCACUUUGAAGGACACUAUCAGUACAAGUGCAUCCCGGUGGAGGAUAACCACAAGGCUGACAUCAGCUCCUGGUUCAUGGAAGCAAUAGAAUACAUAGACUCAGUGAAGGACUGCCACGGCCGGGUGCUGGUGCACUGUCAGGCUGGCAUCUCACGCUCCGCCACCAUCUGCUUGGCCUACCUGAUGAUGAAGAAGCGAGUGCGGCUGGAGGAGGCCUUUGAGUUUGUCAAGCAGCGCCGGAGUAUCAUUUCCCCCAACUUCAGCUUCAUGGGUCAGCUGCUGCAGUUUGAGUCCCAGGUGUUGGCGACAUCAUGUGCUGUUGAGGCUGCCAGCCCCUCAGGGACCCUACGGGAACGUGGCAAAGCCAACUCCACACCAACAUCCCAGUUCGUCUUCAGCUUCCCAGUGUCUGUGGGGGUCCAUUCCACCCCCAGCAGCCUCCCCUAUCUGCACAGCCCCAUCACCACUUCACCCAGCUGUUAGCCUGUGGCAUCAACUAGGAUGAGGGUGACGACAGUGGUGUCACAGAUGCCUUUUUGCAGGCAAGGACACUGACCAGGCUGAGUUGCCUGGGAACUGCCAGCUGCAAGGCCAUAAGACCCGGCGUGAACCGCUGAAUGGCCAAGCAAAACUCCUUGACCAAGAGCAAUAAUGGCUGACUUUGCCACUGGUUUUGGACUCUGUGUGUGUGUGUGUGUGUGUGUGUGUGUGAGUGUGUGUGCGUGUAAGUGUGCAUAUGUCUUUGUUUUCUUAGAGAAAUUUCUUACCUCAUUUUUGUUGUGGUUUGUUUUUGUUUUUUUUUUAAGCAGGAGGCUUGAAGUUGUGAAAUCCACAAAUCCUGACAAUGUGUCUGACCAGUUUUGCUUGGGAGAAAAAAGUACCAUUUCCCAAAGUGCCUGGUUUUGAUUUUUUUCCUGAUUUCUGCCCCACCCUCCUUUAAAAAAAAAAAAAAAAAAAUUCCCCUGCCUGCCCCUAGGAAAAAAAAAAAACUUUUUUUUUUUUUUAACUGGGGCAAGGGGAUAUUUAUUGCAAAACUUUCUUCCAGUUAUUGAAUGCAGCAAUUGUGCUACUGGUGACAAUUGUAGAGCCUAUUUAUCUUGAACUGUGAGCACAACAGCAGCAUGCAGGUUUCAUGCAAGUUUCAAAGUAACUAGAGAACAAGUUGGUUGCUUGCAUGUCUGUGCAGACUAGUGCAGUGACGGUGGAGCCAUCUCCUUCACUGGAGGGACAUGAGUUUCCUUGAGUCUGCAAUAACACAGGCUGGGGGAGGGGUUCCCUUGCUGGACACAGGGGACUUGUGAUAAUAGGAUCACUUCAAUCACUGCACUGCAAUGGCGUCCACAGGACUUCCACCUGAGGAUCAAUGUGUGGACUUAGUGGGUAGCAUUUAGUCCUAGUGCCCUGUUUCCUUCCUUGUCUGGCUGGGUACAGCUUUGUAGUCAUUUAUUUUGAACUAGACAAGGUUGAUUUGUUUGCUGUGAAGUGCUUGUGAUGUUGCUUUGCUACAUGCACCAUGCUCAUCUGGACCACCGCAUAUGUCUGAGCGUGAGGCAGGUGGGGAUUUAUGAAGUAAGAGCCCCGAAUGCACGCUGAAGGGCAGUCCUCUGGCCAUAGGGCAUGAGGAACAUGUUGGGAAGCUUGCGUCUGAGGCGCAAUGGCAGGCUACAUAACUUACAAGCACCUGUGACUGGGUUCCUGCACUUGAACAGAAUAACUCUUAUAGUGUGAGGGGUUUUCUUGUGCUGGAGUAGUGCCCUUUUACCACUGGAGAACACAGCUCCCUGUGUCAGUGCAGGUGUCCUGCUCUUCUCAGGUGGCCAUUUUCCAACUGUAAAGUGUGCUGUGUGAUUGGGUGGUGUCCUUUGCUGUGCCCCCAUGAUUCAAAGCCAUGAUACUUGUAAUGCCAUGCUAGAAACACCAACUACUGUGCAGCAGUGGAUCCACCCUAUACUCAGACUUGGCCUUUCUGAUACUGUAUUUGCUAGAACUGUGGUCAAUAGCAUUCUUGUGCCACGGUGUCACCAGAUUCAUUCUAGCUUGCAGGUUACUACCGCAAGGAACCAACCUUUGGUUCAUUGGCUUAAUUCCCCUUUGCUUUAGUGAACCCCAGAUACGGGCCUUGCUUUGUUCCCAGUAGCAAACUACAAUUUCCCAGCCUAAUAAGCUCAAAAACUGAGUAGAGAGGGGCUGCAGCUGACUUGGCCACUUGCUGUAUAGGGGGCCAGUGGAAAGCCUGUAAAACACAAGAGUGGUAUCUUUUGUAUGCUCCCCUUUCCAGCCUACAUCACAUAGCAACUUAUCUUCUACUUACCGUGUUGCAACCCAUGCUAACAUACCCACCAAAGGAAUGAAGUGUUGGUUCCCUCCAAGGGAAAGAAGGCAGGUCAUCUCUUGCUCAAUGCUGAUAUGUUAAAUGCAGAUAUUUUGAGCCAGUUUUCAGACUGGGCAAUCAGGGUGAACCCUGAAGGUGUUUAGGUUCUUAAAAGGCCUGCUGCUUCUCUCUUAUUUUUUCGCAUGUGCAAGUCUUUUGUAAUGGCAGCUUGAAACUGAGCCACACCAAAAAAGAGCUUGUUGCCUGGCAGAAGCUGGUAGCUGCUGGAAUAUGAGGUCUGUUGCAAGAUGCUGGCUGGAUAUCAGCAAAACUGCAUUGCAUGUGAUUCCACCAUUGUGCAACCAUCUCCAUGUAUUCGGUGACCCUUUCUUAGCAGUGUGGUUCAUAAUGGUUCCCUACUUAUCAAGUUCCACUGCCCAUGGGCUGAAGGAGUUCAGGGUCCAUGGGUGAGGAAUCGACCCAGAUGAGCCACAGAAGACCCAGAAAACAAAUGCAUCUGAGCUGUCUGGUCGCUUGGUCUUUGUCCUCUUUGCGGUUUCUUUCAUCCAGGACAUGCUGAGCACCUUGUGUCUGCUGUUAUGGCAAUAGCAGAUUACCCAGUGAGCGUCAGCCCAGGCUAUGUCUGCCAGUCAACUUGUACAGCAUGUUUUUAGCAUCUCUUCCCCAUAGUCUUCUUCACUGUGGCAGGACAGAAGGACCACUAAGAAGUCCAAUAGAGAAGCAGAAGUCAGUGCCUGGUUGUGUGUCACUAAUGUCAUGGGGACUAUUAACAAGCUAGCCUUGUGUGCAGUAUUUUGCAUACAAGAUACAUUGACACUGGGCAUUUGGAAGCUUCCAUUGCCUAGGGCUUCCUCUUCUAAGGGUCUGCUUAAAGCCCAGUGUAGGUGAGGAGCAUCUUUCACCAAGUGUGGAACUGGGCUGAAUGCAGAUGGGACCUCAGGUUAACAUGUGAGAUCCUAAAUAUUAAUGUGCUUAUCGAGAAGCUGGCAGCCCCCACUGGUGCUGCAGUGUUUGCUAGGGGCAGGUCUUUGUGGCCUAAUGCCGCAAGCUCUCUGCGCACAAACUCUGCUGUGCCUGGAUAUGCAAAUUGCAUUGUAGUAUUUGUGGGUAAUCAUGGGCUCUUCUGCUGGGAGAUCUCCUGUCCAGCACUUUAAGGAACAGAAGCCCCUGCUGGGAGCACUUGUGGCUGGCUUGGAUGUUUGCACAGACUGCCUGUCUCUGGCCAAGAUGGCUACUGAUGCUUUGGGCAGGGUCACCUUCCUGAGGAAGAGGCUUUGGAUCCAAUUCAGAGAGUAACGCAAUAUUCUCUUAACUCCUGUGCAGAGCCUCAUCUCUCCACACGAUCCAGUUUCUACACAGGAUGUGUGUUUUAUGUGUUUGUACAUAGAUGUUUGGUUUUUUUAGAAGUUGAUGUUUUUGUUCUUAUUUAUUGCCUGAGAGAGAGUUCAUUUGGAGACAAAUAAAUGCAUUUUCAGCAG